CAACAUACACACACAGAGAGAGAGAGAGAGAGAGAGAGAGAGAGAUGGGCAAUUACAGAUUCAGGUUAUCAGACAUGAUCCCCAAUGCCUGGUUCUACAAGCUCAAAGACAUGGGCAAGCCCAGGAACCAAAAUCCCUCCCACCCCACCAUGAGAAAACACCCUCACACCACAACAACCCCACCACCACACCCCAAACACCAAUCUUCUUCUUCCAACUUACCUAUCAAACACAAAUUCCACCACUCUCCCAUCCAUCCCAAAGCCUCGGACACGUAUUUCCCAGACACCCCCCCAAGAAAAUCCAAGAGAAGGUCCAAAAGAAGACCCCCUAGAAGAUCCUCUUCCUCUUCUUCUUCUUCUUCGAAGCUCCUCACUUCCUCCAUCUCCGCUGACUGCAGCUGCCGCGCCACCCUUUCUUCCGCCUGGAAGCCUGACUCCCCCCCUACAGACUGCUCCGCCUCCCCCAACUCCCCCACUCCCUGUCCCACCCCACCUCAACCAUUCGAUCACGACAUCCCAAUGUGGUCCUCCUCUUGCAGUUGUCGGGUCACCUCCUCCGCUACCGAUAUAAUCAUCGAUGUCGACACCAAGAGAUCCUUUACUAACAAAAUUGAGAAAUUCGACGCGUUCGAUUCCAUUUCAGAGCUCGAGCUUCCACCCAUCCUAACGAAGCCCCCCAAAUUUGACAACUUGAUCCUCGAUGUCAAGAAGAAUGAAAUGGGACCCAUCAAAGUUAGACAGAGCUGUGUUGAGUUGGAAGAGAAAAAUGCUCAUGGGUCACUCUCCAUGAAAAUUCUCAAGGAAGGAAACGUGAAGAGUCCCGCAGAAGAGAGGAGUCCUGUUAUAAGAAGAUCUUCUCCAUCAGUCCCCCAAGGACUGAAAAUCCGCUCGAAUUCGCCCAGGCUAGCCAGCAAGAAGAUCCAAGCUUAUAACCGGAAAUCAGUCUCGAUGGCAAGCUCAAGAAUGCGGCGGAUGAGUGUGUCAGAAAGCUUCGCUGUCGUGAAAUCGUCGUUCGAUCCGCAGAGGGACUUCCGGGAUUCAAUGGUGGAGAUGAUCGCCGAGAACAACAUUCGGGCCUCAAAGGACUUGGAGGAUCUUCUGGCCUGCUAUCUCUCACUGAAUUCCGACAAGUAUCAUGAUGUCAUUGUGAAGGUGUUCCAGCAGAUUUGGUUUGAUCUCAGUGACAUUCGAUUGUGAAAAGGAAAAUUACUGAACAUCAAGUGUAUGAUUUUAAAUAUGAAUAAGUUUUGGUACCAUGACAUUGAAUUUAUCUCUUGUAUUUUCAAACGAUCAAGUGUUCAAAAUUUAUUGAAACCGUGAAGGCUUUUAAAGA